GUGUGUGGAAGGCUCUCGGGAGGCCGCUACUCUUUUAUUCGGAGUGUGUUUUCAGUGCAGGUGUAUGAAAGGGUGCGGACUGAGGUCACAGGGUUACUAUGGUGCAACACCUGAGCUAUCAUACAUCGUCACGACAACAGAGGAGGGUCCUUCCUGCACAGGUUACUCAAAAACAACUCCAUCCACCCCUGAAAAGAGCUUGUUCACCAACACACAGAACUUCACUUCUCAGCUCUCAACGAGGUGCUCUGCAGCAGUAAUGCCCAGUAAACUGGAGGGAGCCAUGGAUGCGCUCAUCACCGUCUUUCACAACUACUCAGGGAGCGAGGGAGACAAAUACAAACUCAGUAAAGGAGAGCUGAAGGACCUUCUCAACAGCGAACUCACCGACUUCCUCACGUCUCAGAAGGACCCCCAUCUAGUGGAAAAGAUCAUGAACGAUCUGGACUCCAACAAGGAUAACGAGGUCGACUUUAACGAGUUUGUGGUGCUGGUGGCAGCUCUGACGGUUGCAUGCAAUGACUUCUUCCAGGAACAACAGAAGAAGAAAGGCAAAUGAAACGGAUGCAUGAAAGUAACUGCACAUCCAUGAUGCGUUAAAGCGUUUGUUAUGAACCAGACCACGUCCUUAUGCUAGCCGUUUACUGUCAAUCCUUGGUUUGUAUCAAAAGCAAACUGACCAAAAAUAACAAUACAUUAUGUAUUUAAUUUGUUUAAAAUGAUGUUUAUUUCUGAAAUGAUAGGAUGUAGUUAUAAACUGAAAGCUGGACUUUAUCAUCAUAUAUCUGUAGAAUACAGUGGAUCUGAUAGUGUGUAUGUCUUCUGCUUCUAUGUUCCUCUCAUGUUUUUUUCAUUCAUUAAAUCAUAAAACCUAAGCUCAA